AUGUCUUCGAGGUUGGCAGCAUGCGAAGCCUGCAGAAGGUCAAAGCUUGCUUGUGACCACAAGCGACCGGUGUGCACGCGUUGCAGGAAUAGCAAUAGGUCGGGCCUAUGUAUUUAUAGAGCAUCGCCAUUUAAGAGGAAAAGGGAUGAUUCCUCUCCAUUAGUAGAUCAACAUUCAAACCGACCAUCCCCAGCGUCACCACCAUUGUUUAGCCCAAGGCGCAAUCCAUAUCCAAACCCGGGAUAUCUUGGCUCCUCCAGCCAUGCUGCAAUUUUUAACCAUAUUCCCCAGGGUGAAGAUAAUAUUUCUGGGUCAUAUUUUCCCAGAGACGCUGAAUUGCCAGCGGAUCCUUCCCAUCGCUCAGAUGAUGGCAAUCUUUUGACUCACCAGGGUGCAGAUGUUUUGAGACAGCUUUUGGACAAAUAUUCCCUAAAACUCCUGAAGGAACUAGUCAUGUUUUGGCUUAAAAAGGGGAUAAAUCUGAUUCUCGCCGGGCCAUUUGUUCAGCAAUGUGUUGAAAGUAUGACGGACUUCCUGAUGUCUUCUCUGCAAGACGAGAAUUGGCACUUAAUUUAUGCAAGACGUCUACUCCACAAUUCGGCGCAGCCAUUAGACUUCAAUCGCACCUCCAGUCUUUCCAGCUUUUCUGCACAAUUUCUGAAUCAAAAUGUCCGAUGGGAAAGUCUUGGUAUAUUCUUUUCAGCAGUCAGUCGGGCAACUUUCGAUAUCUCCUUCUUUCCCUCACUGUAUACAACGGAACAGGAACAAUAUGCUCUCAGAAGGCUUUCUACAAAGCUGACUGAUUGCGCCCUGGAUAUUGCUCUAUCCUUGGACUGCCUAAACGACCUGCAGCUCGUAUUUCAGUAUGAAAAUUUCAUUGUCCAUUCCUGCGUAGAUGGAGACCAGAGUUAUCAUUCGUGGCGUAGGCUGGGAGACGUAAUUGCCUCAAUUUUUGCUCUUGGCUACCAUGAGGACAUUGAAACGCGACCGGAGAUUCCGCCCUUUCUAAUUGACUUGCGAAAGGCAGCCUUUGCAAACACGUACGGAGAUGACAAAAAUGUUUCUAUUUUCCUCGGUAGGCCUCCACGGAUGAGUAAACAAUUCUGCCACUUUCAACUGCCGUCAUGUCCAACAAGCUUGAGCGAUUCUUCGACUUUCUCAUCCAGAGAGAGUAAUGUGGACGGGUGGGAGGCAGACACAAAAUUUUCCUACACCGCACAGACUCGAUGGUCAGCUUUAUGUGCAUUCUUGAAGGAAGAGGUCUUGGAACUAUACGGCGAGAAAAAUCAUGAGACACGAAUUCAGAAAGCAAGUGUAAUUCAGAGUAAAGCUGAGGCUGAAUGGCAUGCCCUGCCCGCUCAUUUCAGACUUGAGUGUAGUCUGAAGCAAUGCAAUCAAGGCCCAUUUGAGCGAGACUUUUUAGCCAGUGUGCGCCUCAAUUAUCUGCAUGUUCUGUUCUUGCUCCGCUUACUUCUGCUUAAAACCCCGAGUGAGCCCGACAAUUCCAUAGUUGAAGUCGCCGAGAAAAUGCUUGUCCUUACCGUAGAAGCUAUUCUUCUUCGUGAUCAACUAAUAAAUUCCGGAGACGGCCUUAUCUGGAAGGUCGCGCACUACGGUCUCCCUGCUGCCGGAAUCAUUCUUCUCGCAAUGCUCAAGCAGCGCAACACACCUAGUACGGCUAAAAUGUGGCAGAGUAGAGUUUUACAGAAUCUCAGUGUUCUUGUCGCAGAAAUCCAGAUUGGGACCCUUAUUAAGCCAGGCGAGCCAAAUUACGCACUAUUCUCAAAAGCUACCCACACAAUUCAAAAGUUUCUUGACUCUGUCCACUCUACUCUUGCCAAAGAAACAACACCUCUCAACUAUGGAAAUGACGAUUGGACAACCUACCUGACCCAAGACUUUGAGGUUGGCUUUUGGCAGAAUCUUGCAGAACAUCCUUCAUUGUUGACACUAGACCACGUACUACCAGCUAUCUAGUAUUUCAACUAAAAAAAGUACGAGAAUCUGAGAUUUAAGUAACGCUCAAUUUCCUAUCUGCCAUGACAUUUUCAAAUAAUUGCCGAUAAGGUCCAAUAAACCGCCGUUCAAUUUCUAAAGUGGGACUGGUUUGUCUCACGGUUUCGCCGAUUACUCCGAUUACUCCGACACUUGCUCUCCGAAAGAUGACAGCGGAAGGGGACGGGACGGGAGGCACAGCUACUAUAUAAAUAUCGAGAUGAUCUUCAUUUGUCUCUUACAUCGACU